AAAAAUAUUAAUGACGUACUUCCCGCAGCGUUUAAACUUUCUAGUUGUAAGAGAUUACAGGACCAUUGCCUUGGAUUAAUUUGCGCCCUCCCAUUACCAUUUUUCUCUUCCGACAACUCUACAUCAUUGGAUGAGAAGAUUCUUUAUUGUCUCCUUAAAUGUGAUUACAUGCAGAUGGAUGAAAUAUUAAUUUGGGAGUUUUUAAUUAAAUGGGGCAUCAAACAAACUUCCGGAUUGGAAAGUAGCCGAGAGGGGUGGACGGAUAAAAGUUAUAAGGAUUUAAAGAAUACGUUAAAUAAAUUUAUCCCUCUAGUUCGAUUUAGAGAUAUAAGUUCGAAUGAUUUCUACCUUAAGGUUCAUCCAUAUGAAGCCAUCUUUCCUCCUGACAUUUAUGAAGAUCUUUUGGGAUUUUAUCUGAACCAUUCCUUGUCAGAAAUGACUUUAUCAUCACGAAAUAGAAUGAAUCAGAAUGAUUCAUUAAUUAUUGGACCAAAACACUUUGCAAUAAUCAAUAAUUGGAUCGUAGGGGAACAGAAUUUACCAUAUACACUUUUAUAUCGUGGUAGUCGUGAUGGUAUUAUAUCGAAUGUCUUAAAAGAUAAAUGUUAUCGUCAAUCACCAUGCUUGGUUUUAGUCAAGGUCCGUUCUUCACCGAAAAUAUUUGGCGGGUACAGUCCCAUCGGGAUUUUUUUUUGUACCGGUGGUCAAUGGCAUGGGACAUCAGGUAGUUUCAUCUUUUCUUUCGAAAACAGUGAAGAUGUUCAAAACAUGAAAAUUAGUCGGGUGUCAAAUAGUAAUCAAGCGUUAUAUGAAUUCUAUGAUUGCGCAUUUAACUUUGGUGGGGGGAGCUAUGUAUAUGGAUAA